GUUAUCUAAAGCACUACUUCUAUAUUGACUUUAGUAGUGAAAGUUUAUGCAGAAGAAAAUGAUGAAGCAGGUUCUUCUUUUCCUCUGCUUUGCCUCUGCUUUAACCCUUUCAUUCUCAGAGUCCAAAUCUGAUUCUCUUCAAAAUCCUGAUACUGAUUCCUUCUCUUUUGGCUAUAUUCAGACGAAGACCCCAGAGAACUGUUCUUACCUUGUGAUUAUAUCUACAAGUUGUUCAUCACCCAAGUUCACAUGGGAGAAGAUCGGAAUUGCUUUUGGAGAUGCUCAUGGCAACGAGCAGGUAUACAAACCAAGAUUAGAUGGUCCAGGGAUAUUCGAGCAAUGUUCUUUAGAUGUAUUUCAGAUAAAUGGGGCAUGUUUAUCUGAUAUUUGUUAUCUGUACCUAUAUAGAUCUGGUGCAGUGGAUGAUUGGAAACCUGAAUCAGUGAAAAUCUGCUACAACAACACAUGGUUUCCCAUAAUCAAUAUACACUUCUCCCUCCCUGAUGCUAAAUGGUAUGGCCAUUAUUGGUGUAAUACGAGUCAUCCACCAUAUCUGGCAAAUGGCCUUCCCUUCCGAAAUGGUGUUUUUUUCUAGGGGAUAGUUAUGUUGUUUGAGUGUAAGAAUUUAUAUAAGGAGUUAAUAAGGUAUUAGAAAUUCAAACGUGAGUCUAAGUUUUACAUUGAGUAAAAAUGAAAAAGUUGAACAACAUAUAAAGAUCAAGGCUCAUAAACUCAUCAUCUUAAAGUUUUGGAUUGAGAGUGAUGUCAAUAUCUUAUAUAAUUGAACUCAGGUUUCAUUGA